CAGGCCACCGUGCUCUUCCGCUCCCAGAGGUCCCGGGUGCCGGAAGUCGUCACUCCGAAGAGAUCGAGCCUCACGGCGCGGAUCCCGUAGUAGACUCGCCAUGGCAAUGGGCGGUGGUGGCGGUGUCCUGGAGCAGGAAGACUCGGUGCUGUUCCGGCGGGGCACAGGCCAGAGUGAUGAUUCUGACAUUUGGGAUGAUACAGCAUUGAUAAAAGCCUACGACAAAGCUGUGGCUUCAUUUAAGCAUGCUCUGAAGAAUGGUGACAUUUGUGAAGCUUCAGACAAACCAAGAGGCACACCUAAAAGAAAACCUAUUAAGAAGAAUAAGAGCCAAAAAAAGAAUACCACGACUCCAUUGAAACAGUGGAAAGUUGGUGAUAAAUGUUCUGCCAUUUGGUCAGAAGACGGCUGCGUUUACCCAGCUACCAUUGCUUCAGUGGAUUUUAAGAGAGAAACCUGUGUUGUUGUUUACACUGGAUAUGGAAAUAGAGAGGAGCAAAAUCUGUCUGAUCUACUUUUGUCAACCUUUGGAGGAGUUAGUAAUGGAGAUCAGAAUGCUCAGGAGAAUGCUCAAGAGAAUGAAAAUGAAAGUCAAAUUUCAACAGAUGAAAGUGAGAACUCCUCCAGGUCUCCUGGAAAUAAACCAAAUAACUUGAAGUCUAAAGCUGCUCCAUGGAAUUCUUUUCUACCUCCACCACCCCCAAUGCCAGGGUUGGGAGUAGGACCAGGAAAGAUAAUUCCCCCACCACCUCCCAUAUGUCCAGAUUCUCUUGAUGAUGCUGAUGCUCUGGGAAGUAUGUUAAUCUCUUGGUACAUGAGUGGCUAUCAUACUGGCUAUUAUAUGGGUUUCAGACAAAAUCAAAAAGAAGGAAAGUGUUCGCAUUUCAAUUAAGGAGUUCUCAUACAGUGUACUUUUAUAGGUAAGUGCUUUUUCCUCUUACUGUAUGUUGGAGAGCACUCCAUAUUGCUAUGUAAAGCUAUCUCAUUCUUCUUUUUUUACAGUUUCAGAAUAUUCUUAUAUAUAGUAUACCAUAUUGGUCCCUUGUAGGUGACAAUUUAGGUUGUUUCCAGUUGUUUGCUAUUUAAUACUACAGUGAGUAUUCUUUUGUAUAGUUCUUUUUGUAGAAAUAUGAAUAUGUCUUUAGGCUUAAGUAUUUAAAAGUAAAACCACUGGAUUGAAGAGUAUAUGCAUUGAAAUGUUUAUAGAUUUUUAACCAGUUGUUCUCAGUAGAGGUUGUAUUAAUUUAUAUUUCCACCAACAUUGUUUCCCAAAUAUCUAGCUAAUGGUUUAUUGAACCUUUGGAUCUUUGUCAAGCUUAAACUUAAAAAAUGGUUAUCUUGUAUUUAUGUCUUUUUGUGUAUUAUUUUUAAGAGCUAUGUGUCUUCUUUUUUGAAAACCUUGUGAACAUUACCUUUAAGUGCUUUUUAACUGGGUUUUUUUUUUUUUGGUCUUUUUAAGUUGUAAGAAUUCUGUAUAAGAGAAACCAUGUCUUUGUGAUAUGAGUUUUUUUUUUCCCUAGGAUGUCAUUUAUUUUGACUAUGCUUAUGGUGGUAGUGGUUGUUUUGACAGAAAUGUUUUAUUUUUAAGUAGUUAAAUUGUUUAAUUCUCAUCUGUCUUUUUUAUGGCUUUUGGGUUUUCUUCUAACGCUUCUAUGUAAAAAAAAAUUUUUCCCUGUAGUUAUAGUUAUUUUUGUAUUACCAUUUUUAUUUUAGGUAUUUGUGCUUACUCUAUUUUUAAAUUUUUUGCUUAUAAAGUUUUAUCUGUUUCUUUUUAAGUCAUUUUAGAAACAACUUACAGAAGUAAAAAUGGAUAGUGAAAACUAACUUUGUUAGCAAUUUUAAUGAGAAUUCAAAUACAGCAAACUCAGAUUUUACUGCAUAUUUUCCCAGUUUUGAAUUUAUAUGUGUAUCCAAAAUAGGCAACAUCCUUUUGAUGCAACUAACUAUUCAUCAACUGUUAUGCAUGAACCUGGAACAUAUCUAUCUUUUAAAUACCGAUUGCAUAUUUCAGAUGCGUCUCUAAUGUGUUCUAGUUUAUCAUUGCUUCUGAUUGUUCUUGUACUUGCUUCAUUAAAGCAUAAUACUUUUGAAGACUUUGAUGGCUCAUAGUUUUGUUGACUAGAUAUGUAUGAUGGCUACUGUGUUCCAUUACAGCAAAGAUUUUCAUUUUUAUAUUUAUAAACACCAAUUAAAAUGAUCAGUCCAAUGAUUUUUAUUUUCCAUUUCUACAUCAUCUGUUAUCUUCCACUUACGUUGUAUAUACAGCUGUCUUUAACAUUUGUCUGCUUAAACUCUAUCAAGUAAAUUUUGGUGCAUAAGCAUCAUACAAGAUAAAAGAAUGCCGUCAUGUGUCCUUGUAACAAAACAGGAUGCUUCAGGUCUUUAUCACAAAAUACUAUAUGAUGACGUCUUUCCCGUUGAAUGACUGUAACUGGAUGAGAAUACUAUAUUUCCUUUUUGUCCUUAGAAAUAAAUCAUUUCUUGAGUUUGAGAAAAUUCAACUAAGUUGUCCCCUGAGACUAUCAUCCCAAGGCUUUUAACCCAGUAAACCAAUCCCAGGAGUUGUUUGGAUAUGUUUAGGAAGCCUCUGUAACUGUGCCCCCUAUGUGCUUUGUUAUAUAUAUGGAUAUGUAUGCAGCACACACAAACACAUAUAACCCAUGAUUUUGAUAAUUGCUGCUUUGUAAUAUGUUUUAAAAUCAGGUAGAGCAGAUCAAAUACCAGUGUGCCUUAAAAUUUUUAAAAAAUGUAUUUUUGCCCAUUUACUCUUCCAAAUGAAUUUUGUAGCUAGUUUGCCUAAUUAUUUAAGUAUCCUGUGAAGACUGAAAUUAGUAUUACAUUAAAUCUUUAUAUUAGCAUUUUUUUAAUAUAUAUAUUUUAUUGUACUUCAGGUGAAGGCUUACAGAA